GAUGUGGCAGCUCUGGCCACUAGAGGCAGUGGGAAAUAUAUCGAUAUAUCCAUAUUUUGCAUCCCUAAUUUUGAACCGAGACGCGAAGCAACAUUUAUUUACCAAAAAAGAACAUUAAAGAUGAGAAGAGUAAGCUCCGCCGCCUAUUUGGCCGAUGUUCCCGUUGUGGCCAACAAGUCCUGUGAAGACAUCUCGGACAUCGAUCUAAAUGAUGUGCCCGCCCAGCUGGAAGCCACCUUGAACCACCGCAGGUCACGGAGUAGUCAUGUCAGCCUGUUCAACAUGGAUGUGAACGAAUUCAUGAUAGACUCCACGAUGGUGGACAAGGUGCAGCAGCAUCAGGAGUGCGCCAAGGAGGAGGAGAAGAAGUGGUACACGCUGGUCUCGAAGGCUGUGAAAUCCUCCAAGGAGCUCGCUACACGGCAGUAUAGCUUUGAGCCCCGGGAGGAACAGCAGCGCUAUCUCAAAGAGUGUCCCAAUCUACAGAAUUUCAUACGCGGCUCCUUGCCGUUCAUGAACAAAGUCACUAGAUUUCUGGGGGAGCAUCAAGAGUUGGUGGCUCUGCAGGAUGAGCUGGCGGAACAUGUCCAAUUCCAGCUGAACAGCAAGGUCAACAAUGCCAUCAACGAGAAUCUAGCCGGUAAGCGGCAAAGCUAGCAACUGCCCCGGCUGCAAUAACUUUGAUGUUUACAUUUUAAACUUGGUUAUUCUAACCAGCUGUUAAUCAUGCCAUUUCUUUGUAAAUUCGUUUUUCAUUUACCCACAAUUUAAUAAAACUCUAUUGUAAAUAUAA